UGCAAAGCGUGGUGGAGUCGAGCCUCGCUGCUGGUCAGCAGCAAUAUUUCUAUCAGCCAGAAACCAAAAAGUAAAUUGUUGUCAGAAAGCUAGUCAGGGUGAAAGAGAAAGUGGUGUUUGAAUUCCCUGAGUCUAAAUAUUGUGGUAAUAUUCUUUUCUCCACAGCUAUCGCUCUCAAGGUUCACUAGACUUGUUGGUAAAAUUAUAUGAAAAUAGAAAAACAGGCUACAGAUCCAAGUGCAUUUACACUGCCAGCUGUUUCCUCUGGGGAUUAUAUUUCUAGUAUGUAGUCGCUCAACGUUUUAUCAGGAAUAAAUCUUCUAAACCAAAGACAUUGCAAUGUACGGGAAGAUACUGUUUUUCGGAUUUAUACUAAUCAAAGGAAUCCAUUCACUAAAGUCUGAGAAUGUAACUCAAUUCAUCGGCGCAAAUGCGUUUCUACCGUGCACGGCAUCCACCAACAUCCUCCCCGCAGAAGUCUCCUCUGUUGAAUGGGUGCGUGUGAACAUCACAGGCAAAGAUGUGGUUAUCAUCGAUUCCCAAUUUAUCGAAAUGGGAAAGUAUUUUAUUGUGAGCCACGAUCAGAGCAAGUUGAAAGUGCAUGAAGUGGUGUUAUCUGAUAUUGGUACCUAUGCCUGUAUGGUGUAUGGAGAUGUAGAAGAAGAUAACUCCACCACAACUAUUAGUAAUACAACCUAUGUGAAUUUGAUAGUCAAAGAUCCAGAACCUCCAGGAAAACCACAAGAAAUUGCUAAUCUUGGGACAUCCACUUCGAUACAAGUAAUGUGGGCACCAGGCAAUGGUCGUGAUGUUAUAGAUGGCUUCAUUGUGGAAAUUAGGAAAAAGGAUGAUUCACAAUGGAAACGAAUUUCAAGCGAACCACAGGGGCCAAGUGCUAUUAUGGCAAAUGCCACUGGACUAGAGCCCUACACCGAAUAUGUUGUUAGAGUGACUGCUCUUUUCAAUAAUUAUUCUAAAGUUAGUCCAGUCUCAGACCCCAUCAGGACUAAGGCAGGGAAACCUCUAUCAUCUCCUGAAAUAUUGCAAGCACAAGUUAUCAAUGCAACUUCAGCCAAUGUGACCUGGCUUGCCCCUGAUGAUGACAUCAGGGGUGUUAUUGUUGGAUAUAGGGUCCAAUUUAUCUACUUUGAUUCUAGUUCUCGAGUGUUAAAUACUAAAGAUGUAUCAUCUAAUGAAACGAUAACUGUUCUUGAGGAUUUAUUACCGGCAACAGAAUACAACAUAUCAGUUGCUGUUAAGAAUGAUGCUGUUGGUGCGAGUGCCUUUGGACCAUACAGCAAUGCACUAUCAAUCACUACACAUGAAGCCAUUCCAGGAAAACCAAAUAAAGUUGAAGUAGUUAGAAGAUUUACAAGAAAAUUUGUGUGUGUGAUCCUUCCUGUUGAUAGGCCAAAUGGACGUAUUAUCGGAUAUGAGUUAUAUUACCGAAAACUAGGUCAAACCAAGUGGAACCCAAUUAUAUCAGAUGCAAUGGUGAUUAACUUGGAGAACCUUGACCCUUUCCAGCAGUACGAGUUAACAGCAGCAGUUCGCAAUUCAGUUGGACUUGGAGAAAAAGGAGAAAUAACAAUUGACAGAACUGAUACUGGCUUUCCAAGCCAGCCUAAAGAUGUAAAGGUUCAGCUAAUUGGUCAGACGUUCCUUAUUACCUGGGAUCGUCCUGAAAUAUUUUACCCAAAUUACACCUCCUACGAAGUUAAACUACACCCAAACACGUAUCAGACAAAUGGUGUGCUUGUUUCCGAGGUCUUUCAUGAAUAUUAUACGGGCACAAUCGAAAAAGAUAUGACGACAGAUCUCAGUUAUACUGUAAUUAUCACUCCCACAACUGAGAGUGCAACAGAGCCUUCUAAGAAGUACGAUGGUCCAGAGUCAACUCCUGUAACAUUUACUGUCUCAAGGCCUGAAGCUACCCCAAACCCUAGCCCCACAAUGGGGACAACCCCUCCCCUGACUGGUGAGAUUGGUAAUGGCUCCGAUUCAAAUGUUGGCUUGGCAGUUGGUUUGAUAUUUGUGUUCCUAUUUAUAAUAGUCGUCAUUGUCGUCUUGGGAAUAUACUACAUGCACAGGUUAGCCGACCAUGCACAGAGGAAAAUCAUGAAAGUUAUAGACAGAAUACGUCGGAAUGACCAGUCUGACCAACACAAAGGAAGCAAUGGUCCAAGGAUAAGUGUGUUUGAGGAUCCAGUGGAUGGAUGUAUUGUUGACUUGCUAGGUAAACGCAAAAGCAAAGAGGAUCCUGAAGAACCUCCUGUACCAAUCGAAAAGUUUGCAGAGCAUGUCAAGAAGAACCAUGCCAACAGUGACAGCGGAUUCGCUGAGGAAUUUGAAGAAAUCCAAAGCUGUGUUAAAAGCGAUUACUCUGCCACUGCAUCAACAGAUCCAGCUUGCAAGUCUAAAAAUCGCUAUACUAACAUUGUAGCAUAUGAUCAUUCCAGAGUGAAACUACAGGUGAUUGGUGACAAGCCAUGUUCAGAUUACAUCAACGGCAAUUAUAUUGAUGGAUUUAAUAAGAAAAAUGCAUUUAUAGCUACACAAGGUCCUUUGAAGACAACGGUUGAGGACUUCUGGAGAAUGAUUUGGGAACAGAACAGUUAUACAAUAAUAAUGAUCACAAAUCUAAUGGAGAAAGGCAGGAGGAAGUGUGACAAGUAUUGGCCAAUAGAGGGCAGUGCUGAAAAGUAUGGCGAUUUUGAAGUAACAUGCUACAUGGAGGAUGAGAUGGCAAGCUUCACCAUCAGGAAUUUUGUCUUAAAAAACACAAAAAUGAAAAAGGGGAAGAAUAAUGAUCGUCCCAUAACACAGUACCAUUACACGGAUUGGCCGGAUCAUGGGGUACCAAACUACCCACUCCCUGUGUAUACAUUUAUCAAGAAAUCUGUUAAAGCAAAUCCUGUUGAUGCAGGGCCAAUGGUGGUCCAUUGCAGCGCUGAGCAAUAUUGUUUUAUCCAUGAUGUCUUACUAGAUGCAUUAAGGUUAGAGCAUUCUGAAGUACCUAUUAAAGGAAUACGUGAAUAUAUAGAGAAGAUACGGACACCCAUUGAAAAUAUACGUCGUUCCAUAUUAGAUCAGCAUUUUGAGCUUCUUCAUACACACAAGUUUAGAGAAUAUGAUUUUGUAAAAGCACACAAAGAAGUCAAUCUGAAGAAAAAUAGAAGACCAGAUGUGUUACCUGUUGAACGAUGUCGAGUAACCAUGUCGGCUAGAGCAGGAGAGGAAGGAUCUGAUUAUAUUAACGCUACAUACUUUCCAGGUUAUAGGAAAAUCAAUGAAUUUAUAGUAACGCAGUUUCCGAUGGAGAACACCAUAUCUGACUUCUGGCGCAUGAUAUGGGACACAAAUUCACCGACAAUUGUCAUGAUAUCCAGCAAAGACGACCAGGUAAAACAGAAUUUCUAUGAAAGAAUCUGGGAUGAGGAUCCGGAGGUUGUCAAGAUGGAGAAUAAGGAUUAUAAAAAAGACAAGGUUGAUGAUGAGGAUGGUGAAGGGGCUGCAGUGACUACCCCCCUUAACCCUACUUCUUGCACUGGUUAUAACUUGCAUGUUCCGCUUGCCCUUGAUGAACCUGUCUACUGGCCCACUAGCAAAGACAACCCACUUGUGUUCGGAAAUUUCAAGGUGAGCUUUGUAGAGGAGGAACACCAUCUAGGCUACAUGACAAGAGAGUUUGUACUUCAAUCAACUCAGGACGAGUAUGAACUGGACGUAAAGCAAUACCGUUGUACUUACUGGCCCGAGAGCUGCUCACCAUUACACACAGCCUUCGACCUCAUCAAAGCUGUACAAGAUCGAAGUAUGAUCAAUGAUGGGCCAAUCACAGUACAUGAUAAGUAUGGUAGUACAAAUGCUGGCACAUUUUGUGCCCUUAGUUCACUAUAUCAACAGAUGCAUAAUGAAGAAUCAAUUGACAUAUACCAGAUAGCUAAGCUUUACACACUCAGAAGAAAGGGAAUGUUUACAGACAAGGUACAGUAUGAUACAGUACACCCACCCCUUCUGUGAAAGUCGCAUCUCAUU